CUUCCACGAGCUCAAGAAACGCCCACAUUCAAUGUCAUCUUCCUGUCACCCUUCAAGUUGCGAAGUGCAGAUUCAAGGCGCUUCGCUUCAAAGCGCUUCGCUUCAAAGCGCUUCGCAUCGCGGUACCCAAAAGAAUACCGUUCCGUGUUGGCUGGAUUCAGAGAUGAAUGGUGAUUUUCUGUUCUGUCGCUGCUGGAAGCAUUGCUAAAGUCCUCAUUCAUGUGACAAUACUGAAAGUGGGAACCUUUGAUGAACAAGGUUCUCUUGAUGUAGGUUCGAAGCUGGGGAUCUAAGAGAUUUUAAACCACUGCAAAGCCAAAAGCUUACAACAAACAGUGAAAAAUAUCUUUGGAAGAUUGGCGCAAGAUCUUUUUAGAUCUGUCCGGUCCAGGUCUCCAGCCCCGACAUGUUUCUCCGGCGCUUUACGGGGCCGCUUCUCUCUGCUGCUAAGGAAAGCACGGGCAUCGUCGGUCUUGAUGUUGUCCCAAAUGCGCGGGAGGUGUUGAUUGGUCUAUACGACCAAACCCUCAAGGUCGUCAAAGAUCAGAUUCCUGAGCAAGCAGAGUACCGGCGCAGUGUAGAGCGCAUCACGAACUACCGGUUGAAGGUGUGCCAAGAAGAGGAGGAGCAUGAUAGGAUUGAGCAGCGGAUUGGGUGCGGGCAGGUGGAGGAACUAAUUGAGCAAGCAAACGACGAGUUGGAAUUGAUCCCUGUGAUGGUUGAGAGCAAGCCAUGGGAGGUCCCGGAGGGCUACAAAGUGGAAAUCAUCGAAGACACGGAACCAAUUCCAGCGCACAUCCCCCAGCACUUAAGCACGUGAGAACGUUCGUGAAUGCAUGUGUCAAAUUGAAUUCGGACCGGUUACUGCUCAAAACUAGCAAACAAGAGUCCAUAGGCUGUUCACAGAAUGAAACUUAAAGCUUCGCUCUAAGCAGUAAAGCUCCCCAGAUUCAGGACUUUUCGUGGGAAUGUCAUGGCAACACGCGAAUCAUAUUCUGUUCAUUGAUUACAAGCGCUUGUGUUUGAGGGGCCUUCUAUCAUUGUGCUGGUCAUAGAACGGCUCCAUGAACAGCUGCAAGCAACUGCAAAAAGGGCCUUCCCUCCUUUGAGCGUAGCUUGUCUAGGUCUUCUCUUCAGCGACCCGCCUCAGGCUAAGCCGUCGUUCUGCUCUGGCAGUCGUUCUGCCUUUGCUUGCUU